AUGGCCCAAACUCAAGGAAAGUUUGACUUUGCCAUCGAUCGAGGAGGAACUUUCACGGACGUCUUCGCUCGCCUUCCAGAUGGCCGGGAGAGGGUCCUCAAAUUGUUGUCCCGUGACCCCCAAAAUUACAAGGACGCCCCCACCGAGGGUAUCCGCAGAAUCUUGGAAGAGGAAACAGGCCACACUUUCCCUCGCGACCAGCCCGUCGACACGUCUCUGAUCGGUUGGAUUCGAAUGGGCACCACGGUGGCCACCAACGCACUCCUCGAGAGAGAAGGGGAAAGGACAGCUCUGUUGGUCACCAAAGGCUUUAAAGACUUGCUCCAUAUUGGAACUCAGGCCAGGCCUAAACUGUUUGACUUGGAGGUGUCAUUGCCCGACGUGCUGUAUGAGGAGGUUAUUGAGGUAGAUGAGCGCGUCGUCCUCAAGCAAGAUGGCUGCAAGCUACCCAGGAAAGACCCCAAGCGUGUUGUAACAGGCAGCACAGGUGAUAGUCUGGAAGUGUGGCAAGAGCUCAAUCUGGAAUGUGUGGAGAAGGACUUGAGAGGAGUCCUGUCUCGUGGGAUCACUAGUCUGGCUGUGCUUCUGCUUCACUCCUACACAUGGUCCGACCAUGAGAAAGCCGUCGGCGCCCUGGCUCGUCAACUGGGCUUCACCCAAGUAUCUUUGUCCUACGAGAUCAUGCCCAUGGUCAGGGCGGUUCCUCGAGGUUACACUGUCUGCGCUGAUGCCUACCUCACACCCAAAAUCCGGGAGUACCUUAAAGGUUUUACCUCUGGGUUUAAGGGUGCUUUAAAGGAUGUUGACGUCCUGUUUAUGCAGUCAGACGGCGGUCUGACUCCCAUGCAGCACUUCUGCGGUUCACGCGCAAUCUUGUCGGGCCCAGCUGGGGGAGUUGUGGGUUACGCUGUCACUUCUUACAACCAAAUGGAGAAGAAACCUGUGAUUGGCUUUGAUAUGGGUGGUACAUCCACUGAUGUGAGUCGUUAUGCGGGUCAGUUCGAGCAUGUGUUUGAGGCGACCACAGCUGGAGUCACCCUGCAAGCGCCUCAGCUCGACAUCAACACCGUAGCAGCUGGCGGAGGCUCACAACUCUCCUUCAGGUCGGCGAUGUUUAUGGUUGGACCAGAGUCUGCUGGGGCACAUCCAGGACCGGCCUGCUAUCGGAAGGGUGGUCCUCUGACUGUAACAGAUGCAAACUUAGCUUUAGGCCGCCUCCUCCCUUCCUUCUUUCCCAAGAUCUUUGGUCCUAAGGAAAACGAACCUCUAUCCAAGGAGGAGACAAUGAGUCAUUUCCGUCGUUUGACCCAAGUGAUCAACCACUACUUAUUGUCUAACCAAUCACAAGCUGGUGCAAAUGGCACAAAGCACUCAAACAACACCACUCUACCCAAAAGCCAAUGUGAGAUGACUUUGGAAGACGUGGCCAUGGGAUUCAUUCGAGUGGCAAACGAGGCCAUGUGUCGGCCAAUUCGAGCCCUUACGCAGGCAAAGGGCCAUGACACAACUCAGCACGUUUUGGCAUGUUUCGGCGGUGCCGGUGGACAGCAUGCAUGUGCAAUCGCCCGAGCCCUUGGGAUGAAGACCGUCUAUAUACAUAAGUACAGUGGUGUGCUGUCAGCCUAUGGUCUAGCGCUUGCGGACGUUGUGGAGGAGGUUCAGGAGCCUUGCUCAUUGCAAUAUGAACACAACUCUUUUGUUGAGCUUGACCGUAGAGUGGAAGUGCUCUCAAAACGCUGCCGCGACACACUGCGCGAACGCGGAUUCAACAGCGGCCAAAUAACCACUGAGGUUUUUCUCCACUUGCGCUAUGAGGGCACAGACUGCGCUCUCAUGGUGACUGCAACCGGUUACCCCCGAAAUGAGCUGAGUUGUCAAGCCGGGGACUUCCGGACGGCCUUUACUCAAAGGUAUCUAAAGGAGUUUGGAUUCACAAUCCCAGAGAGGCCUAUUAUGGUAGAUGACAUCAGAGUGAGGGGCUGUGGCAAGUCGGGCAUCAAACUGAUGUGCAAACCAAAGAAGGGGCGCGGUCAGGCCAAACCUGUCACGAUGACCAAAUGUUACUUCGAAGAUGGCUACCAUGACACUGCCGUGUAUUUGUGGGAGGAACUUCAUUGUGGUCAUACCAUCCAUGGACCAGCCAUCAUCAUUGACAAGAAUAGCACCAUCCUGGUGGAGCCCUGCUGUGAGGCCUGUUUGACAGAAGGGGGUGACGUGCGUAUGACAGUUGGUUCCGACCCUCACUGUGCAGUGGGCACAGAGCUCAAUACGGUGCAGCUCUCCAUCUUCUCCCAUCGCUUCAUGAGCAUUGCAGAACAGAUGGGCAGAGUUCUCCAACGAACUUCCAUCUCCACCAAUAUUAAGGAGCGCCUUGACUUCUCCUGUGCUGUAUUUGGACCGGACGGCGGUUUGGUGUCUAACGCGCCCCACAUUCCUGUCCAUCUCGGUGCCAUGCAGGAGACUGUCCAGUAUCAGAUCGCAGCUCUGCGGGGGAAAUUAAAAGAUGGAGAUGUGAUUUUGAGUAACCACCCAUGUGCUGGCGGCAGUCACCUCCCUGACCUCACAGUCAUCACUCCAGUGUUUAGGAAAGGUGUUAGUGGGCCAGUGUUCUUUGUAGCCAGCAGGGGGCAUCAUGCAGACAUUGGUGGCAUCACUCCAGGCUCCAUGCCCCCACAUUCCACUUCUUUGCAACAAGAGGGCGCUGUGUUCAUUUCCUUCAAAUUGGUCACAGGUGGAGUCUUCCAGGAAGAAGCUGUGACCGAGGCCCUGAUGGCCCCUGCUAAAUACCCGGAGUCCUCAGGAACUCGGAAUCUCCACGAUAACCUGUCAGACUUGCGCGCUCAGGUCGCAGCCAACCGGCGAGGCAGUCAACUGGUGGGAGAGUUGAUUGACAGCUAUGGGCUCGCUGUUGUUCAGGCCUAUAUGAACUAUAUUCAGAGUAACGCAGAGCUGGCAGUGAAGGACAUGCUGAGAAACUUUGCCAGUCGUCGACGGCAACAGACGGGCUCUUUAGAGGUGCAGGCGGAGGAUUUCAUGGAUGAUGGCACUCCAAUCAGACUGCGGGUCCAGAUUAAUGAAGAAGAGGGCACUGCUGUGUUUGACUUCACUGGGACAGGCACAGAGGUUUGGGGAAACUGCAAUGCUCCACGAGCGAUUACCCUCUCUGCCCUCAUCUACUGCUUACGCUGCAUGGUUGGACAGGACAUCCCACUCAAUCAGGGGUGUCUUGCCCCAAUCAAGGUCAUCAUCCCCCCAGGUUCCAUCCUGCAGCCCUCUGAGAAUGCUGCUGUGGUUGGUGGGAACGUGCUCACAUCUCAGAGAGUUGUGGAUGUCAUUUUCAAGGCAUUUGAGGUCUGCGCCGCCUCUCAGGGUUGCAUGAACAACGUUUCAUUCGGCAGCGAGAAGGUUGGCUACUACGAGACUGUCGCCGGAGGUGCCGGGGCAGGGCCAAGCUGGAAUGGCCGAAGUGGUGUUCACACUCAUAUGACCAACACUCGCAUCACUGACCCAGAGAUUUUGGAAAAGAGGUACCCAGUGAUUUUGGAGCAUUUUUCCCUGCGACCCUCUUCGGGAGGUGCAGGAAAAUACCGUGGAGGGGACGGCGUGAUUCGUAAACUGUUGUUCAGGGACAAAGUGGUCCUGUCUGUACUGAGUGAGAGGCGAGCCAUGCGCCCUUACGGCCUUGAGGGCGGUGAAGCUGGUGCUGCAGGAUUGAACCUGCUUCACAAAGCGGACGGUAGAAUUCUCAAUCUGGGUGCAAAAACCAGCGUGAGCCUUGAACCUGGGGACAUGUUCUGCCUAUACACCCCUGGAGCAGGGGGGUAUGGGAAGGAAGACGAAACUAAUGGAAGACCCCAGACAAAGCGCAGGCGCUUGAAUGACACUUUCGCUGAGAGAGGCAGUGUCUUUGACUACCGCAUGGCACAAGAGGGAGUGUGA